AUGCCUCUCGAAGUACCCAGCAAGACCUUCACUCGCGAAGAGGUCGCGAAACACAACACCGAAGACAGCAUCUGGUUCGUCAUCGACACCGUUGUCUACGAUGUCUCGGAUUUCCUAGACGCCCAUCCCGGCGGCGAGGCCGUCCUCCGACAGGUGGCCGGCACCGACGCGACCGUAGCGUUCUACAACCUCCACAGGCACGAGGUGCUGCAAAAAUACUCGGACCUGGCUGUCGGCUCCAUCGAGGGCGAGAAGCAGUCCAUCGUCACCCCAGCCCUCGGCGAGAUCUCGACUGUGCCCUACGCCGAGCCGCUCUGGCUCACCCCGGCCUUCAAGUCUCCCUACUUCAACGAGAGCCAUCGCCGCCUGCAAAAGGCCAUGCGAGCCUUUACCGACCAAUACAUCACACCCGAGGCUCUUGAGAAGGAGCGCAGCGGCGAGUAUGUGAGCCAGGAGUUGAUCGAGCGCAUGUCCAAGGCCGGCGUCCUGCACAUGCGCAUGGGCCCCGGAAAGCACCUGCACGGUGUCAACCUGCUCGACGGCGCUGUCGAUGGCAAGGAGUUUGACUACUUCCACGACAUGAUCUGCGCUCAGGAGCAAGUCCGCGCCGCCUGCCGUGGCUUCCAGGACGGCAACAUGGCCGGCAUGGUGAUCGGCUUGACCUGCAUCCUCAACUUCUGCAAGGAACCCACCCUGAAGAAGAAGAUCACGGACGAGGUCUUCUCAGGCCAGAAGAAGAUCUGCCUUGCCAUCACCGAAGCCUUUGCCGGCUCCGAUGUGGCCGGUCUCCGCACGACAGCCACCAAGACCCCCGACGGGAAGCACUACAUCGUCAAUGGCACCAAGAAGUGGAUCACCAACGGUGUCUUCUCCGACUACUUCGUCACCGGUGUCAACACCGGCAAGGGCCUGUCCGUUCUCCUGAUCGAGCGCGGCGAGGGCGUCGAGACCAAGCCGAUCAAGACCUCCUACUCCCCAGCCGCCGGCACUACCUUCAUCACCUUCGACAACGUCAAAGUCCCCGCCACCAACCUCCUCGGCGAGGAAAACAAGGGCAUCUACGUGAUCCUCUCCAACUUCAACCACGAGCGCUGGACCAUGGCCUGCGCCACAAUCCGCUACAUGCGCCUCGUCGUCGAGGAAUCCCUCAAGUGGGCGCACCAGCGCCUCGUCUUCCGCAAGCGCCUGAUCGACCAGCCCGUGAUCCGCCAGAAACUGGCCAAGAUGAUCGCCCUGUGCGAGGCCCACCAGUCCUGGCUCGAGACCAUCACCUACCAGAUGUGCAACAUGGCCUACAAGGAGCAGGCCAAGCACCUCGGCGGGCCCAUCGCGCUGCUCAAGAUGAGCGCUACCCGUGCGGCGCAUGAGAUUGCCGACGAGGCCGUCCAGAUCUGGGGUGGCCGUGGGUUGACCCAGACCGGCAUGGGCCGUGUCAUUGAGAACUUCAACCGGACUUACAAGUUUGAUGCCAUUCUGGGCGGUGCCGAGGAGGUUCUUGGUGACCUCGGCGUCAGGCAGGCCAUGAAGUUUAUGCCCAAGGCCGUGUUGUAA